AUGCCCAUCGACGGAUGCAGCUGUACCGCCGUCAGGGCUCUCCCGACCGACCACGAAGCGGAGGACCUCCACGCCCAGACCCGCCAGACCAAGAGCCAGUGUCUGUUCAACGGCCAGCUCAGGUGGGGCGGCGCCGUCCUCGACCGGAUCGACGAGAAUUGCGUCAAGCUCGUCUGCAAGAGUGUGGACGGCGCGCAGAACUUCAUCGAGACGCAGGUCACUGCGGGCUGCACCUGCACGCAGCAAAGUGAUUUCGGUCUCUUGCUUCUCAGACCAGCAACCACGAGUACGACCACAACGGCACCCUCUACCACGUCUACAAUCACAUCUGCAACAUUAACUACAUCUAUAGCAAACACAUCCACAACUCUAACUACACCCACAACUCCAAAUAUACCCACAAUUACCAAUCACACAACUACCACGCCCAUGACAACCACACCCACAACCACAACAACCACACCCACAGCAACCAAAGAAGACUCCAUAAUCAAGGACUGCAAGGAGGAGAUCACCACAGAGCCGCCCACAACCACAAUGUCUGUCAAACACCACCCAAGCCUGUGUUGGGACGGACAGUGUUACUGCUUAGGCUCUUGGUCCAUUCUGAGCCUUAGGUGUGGCUCCUCGUCGUCGAAGUUAAGCGUGGCGUGUAGUCCACCAGAUUCCGGUCUAGUGUUGCGUAUGGUCAGCACUGGGUUCUCGUGCAUGGCAUUUGCUUCAGAAGUCAUGGAGACCCCGGAGGUUCUCAUGAUGUUCUCUCUUGACGUGUGA